AUGACGGCGCCCAGAGGUUCCACGAGCGACGUGGAGAGCAGCAGCGGCAGCAGCGACGCCGAGGAGCUGGCGCGGUGCCGCGCGGCGGCGGUGCCGGCCUGGGGCCUGGAGCAGCGCCCGGAGGCGCCGGAGAAGCGAAGAGCCGAUGCUACAAAUAAUCAGUUGCCAACUGCCCAGCCGAGCCUCAGGCAUAAGGUGGAUGAGCACGAACAAGAUGGCAAUGAGCUUCAGACCACCCCCGAAUUCCGAGCCUACGUGGCCAAGAAGCUGGGAGACCUGCUGGACAGCUCCAUUACCAUCUCAGAAGCUGUGAAGGGACCAGCAAAGGCUGAGGCACAGAAAGCCACCCCGGAGGAUGAUGGCUUCCGCCUUUUCUUCACCUCCGUCCCCGAAGGCCCCGAGGAGAAAGCUGCUCCCCAGCCCCGCCGAAAGCGCCUGCCUUCCCGCUCCAGCAGUGAGGACAGUGAGGAGGAGUGGCAGCGGUGCCGGGAGGCCGCUGUGGCAGCCUCUGCCAUUCUGCGGGAGUCCGCCAUCCAUGGUCCUGUCCAGGUGGAAAAAGAAGCAAAGGAGAAGAAAAGGAAGUUGAAAAAGAAAGCCAGGAAGGAGGCCAGCACGGACUUGACCGCCGCCGCCACCAUCACAGGCACGGCCGCCGCCCGGAGGCAGGAAGAGCAGUCCGCCCCGCCCAACGGAGACCUUGUGCCACCUGGGAGCAAAAAGAAGAAACGGAAGAAAAAGGCCAAGAAGGCCACCGAGGCUUCCCCUCUCCCACCAUCGAAGAGCGCAGCAGCCGCGCCCGCGCACUGA